AUGCUCGCCUUCGUCACCGUCGGAUCUACACAGUUUGAUUCCCUCAUUCAGUCAGUCCUCUCAGACCCAGUCCUUCUCAGCCUACACCGUAGAGGGUACACGAAUCUCAUCUUGCAAUGUGGGAACUCGCAAUUUGACUUAGCGAGGUGUAUUGAGACAGGCAAUACCGAGAGGGUUACGAAAAACGAGGUAGACAUUGAGUACUGGAAGUUCAAGCCAUCUCUGCAGGAAGAGUUUGAGAAAGCGGACCUCGUCAUAAGUCAUGCAGGAUCUGGAACCAUCUUGGACGUACUGCGACUAGGGAAGGCAGUUAUAGUUGUACCAAACCCAACAUUGCUGGACCGUCAUCAAGAGGAGUUGGCGAAGGCUUUGAGUGAUCAGGGCUAUCUGAAAGCCGCCACCAUCUCCGAACUGCCCAAAGCUAUUGCUGAAAUUGAGCCAUCUUCUCUUCAGUUAUUUCCCUUGCAAGAUAAAAGCAGGUUUGCAAAAAUUUUGGAUGAUGAGAUGGGGUUUUGA